AUGGACGUCCAGUGGGAUUCUAGCUCCCAGUCAACAACGAUGUCAGACGAUGAUGAUAGUUAUGAUUGUAACACUGAGGAUGAAAUAGUUUACGACGAACAUGAUAAUUGCGAGAGCAUGCAAGUAGACAAUUCCGAUAAUGGCCUGAAAGAAACUGAACUCGAUAACAUACCGACUUUAACUUCUGCAUUAAUUGAGAAAUUACAAGAGGCCAUUACUCAAUCGUAUUCUUUGCGAUCUUUGCAAAAAUUGCUAUUGGCAUUUCGUGCAGCUGCUCAUAUUAAUGAUAGUGAAGAAAAUCGUUAUUCAUAUAAAAUUAGUGAUCCAGCAGUAUUCAAUAAUCUUGUGGUAAUUUGUCUGAAAUACACAACCAGUGUCUUCGAUCAUCAUUUAGCUAGGCAAAAUUCUAAUUUAACUAGCGAGAAACUUCCGUGUACGCACCGAAAAUGGAAAACGUUGGAGCCACUUAUAAAGUCCUUCUUGAGUAGUGUUUUGUAUAUGUUCGAGCAAGUGACUGAGAAUGAUAUGAUUUACUUUAUCGUGAGAGAAUUAGAGAAAGCUAUCCCUUAUUAUGCAUGCUUUCCUAAAUUAUCCAAACACUGUUUAAAGCAACUACUUGAUAUUUGGGGAACAGCAGGAGAUAAGACUCGAAUUGCAGCAUUUCUUAAUAUUCGUAAACUUGCAUAUAUUUCACCUCCACCUUUUAUUGACCUUUGCCUAAAGGGUAUUUAUACUACUUUUGUCCGAUAUUGCAAAGAAACCACUGUUUUUACGAUACCAUCCAUAAAUCUUAUGAGUAAUUGUGCAGUUGAAAUGUAUGGAAUUGAUCUAAAAAGUUCAUAUCAGUCUGCAUUUAAUUAUAUUCGACAAUUAGCUAUUCAUUUAAGGAAUUCUACUAAUAACCAGAGUGAGGAAACCUUUAAUGCUGUAUACAAUUGGCAAUACGUACAUUGCAUUGGAUAUUGGUCUAAGGUACUGGCUAAUUAUUGUGAUCAAACACGAGAACCUACCAAUAAAAAGGGUUCACUACAAGAGUUAAUUUAUCCAUUAGUACAAGUAUGCACUGGUGCAAUAAGAUUGAAUGUCACAGCACAAUACUUCCCGUUUCAUUUCCAUUGUAUUCGUGCUUUGACUCAUCUCAUCAAGAAAACGGGGACUUUUAUCCCUCUUGCACCUUAUCUUUUUGACAUUUUGCAUUCAGCUGAAGUUUACCGAAGACCAAAACUUGUAACUUUAAAACCUUUAGAUUUCUCUUCUACAUUAAAAACACCAAAAGCUUAUUUACAUACAAAAGUAUAUCAGGAUGGUAUAUGCGAAGAACUUGUUGAACUAUUGUCUGAGUAUUACUCUUGUUACAGUUUGUCAAUAGCAUUUCCGGAAUUAGCAAUACCUGCUAUUAUUCAUAUUAAACGACAUAUUAAGAAUUCAAAAAAUGCCAAAUUUAACAAACAACUUCAACAGUUUGUUGAAAAACUGGAACAAAAUACUAAAUUCAUAGAGCAGCAACGUUCACGGAUUGAUUUCAGUCCUAGCAAUCGGGCUGAAGCU